AUGGAAUCAGGCAAUGAAACACAACCCUCAGAAUUCCUUCUCCUGGGAUUUACAGAGGACCCAGCCCUGCAGCCUCUCAUCUUUGGGCUCUUGCUCUACAUGUACCUGGUCACUGUCAGUGGGAACCUGCUCAUCAUCCUGGCCAUCCUCUCUGAACCACACCUCCACACACCCAUGUACUUCUUCCUCGCCAACCUGUCCUCUGACAUCUGCUUCACCUCCACCACCAUCCCCAAGAUGCUGGUGAACAUCCAGACACACAGCAGAGCCAUCAGCUAUGCAGGCUGCAUCACACAAAUGUUCUUCUUUCUCCUCUUUGGAAGUCUGGAUAAUUUUCUCCUGACCAUGAUGGCCUAUGACCGGUUUGCGGCCAUCUCUCACCUUCUGUACUACAUGGUCAUCAUGAAUCCCUGUCUUUGUGUACAGCUCAUUCUGAUAUCCUGGGUGAUCACAGCCUUGAACUCGUUUGUUCACAGCUUAUUGAUGCUGCAGCUGAACGUUUGCACAGACCUGCAAACUCCCCAUUUUGUCUGUGGAUUGGACCCAGUAAUCCACAGUGCCUGUUCUGACACCUUUCUUAACAAUGUGAUCAUAUAUGUUACUGCUGUGUUGUUUGGGGGAGUAUCCAUGUCUGGAAUCCUGUAUGCUUAUUCCAGGAUCAUCUCCUCCAUCCGUGCCAUCUCCUCAGCUCAGGGCAAGUAUAAAACCUUUUCCACCUGUGUCUCUCACCUCUCCAUUGUCUCCUUGUUGUAUGGCACACUCCUAGGUGUGUACAUCACUUCUCCUCUCACUCACAACUCAUACUCGACAGCCACGACCUCGGUGAUGUACACAGUGGUCACUCCCAUGCUGAACUCCUUCAUCUACAGCCUGAGGAACAGGGACAUCAAGAGGGCUCUGGGAAGAUCUUUGGGAGGACAUCAUGAGACUGUAGCUUUGGAAUGA